UAUACUUUCAGAUUAACUUAUAUUGACAACAAUCUACUGUACUCUCUACUUUAAGUAAUUUCUCUCUCUAGUUUUAUAACCUUCAUUUUUAUUUUUUAAAGAAGAUUUGUUUUCAAAGUGCAAGUGUGUUUUGUUUUGUAUUGAAAUUUUUUGCUACAAUGGCUAGUGCCACUGAUGAAGUUGUGAUCAAAAAAGAAAUUGAAGAUACUGAAUCUCCUGAGCAAGUUGAUAACCAAGACUCCUCUCAGAAUCAGUCUGAACAGAGCUCUUCGGCGAAAGCUUCUAAAGUGUGGUUGGAAGAUGAGACAAGAUCUUUGAUUGCUUUAGCUAAACACUAUAUUCCAAAGUUUAAAGAUUCUAAUUACACAAAAAGGCAAUUGUUAGAGGAUAUAUCUAAUGAGCUCCAUCUCAUAGGAUAUGAUGCAACACUUGAACAUGUCCGUAAUAAAUUGAAAUAUUUACGCACAAAAUAUAGAAGUACAAUUGAAUAUAAUAAUAAGCAUGUUAUAAAAAGGACUAUGCCCUUCUCUGAAGAAUUGUCUGAUCUGUAUAGUUUAGAUUAUUUUGAUGAUCAAGAUUCUUUGAAUGCAUCAGAACUCAAUGGAAAUGGCAGCAGUGACCGCUUCAACAACACGAAUAGCAAGGCACAAAAGAAAUCAUCAAAAUCUGUACCUGCUUCUCAUGUUGAUUUAGGAACUGUUGUAACAACUAAGAAGAGGACUCAGUCUCAAAAAUCUUCCAGAUCACCUGCUAAGAAAAAAGCUACAGCAAAAAACCAGCGCUCCCAACCACUGUUUCAGUGUGGACUGUGUAUGCAGAAGUUUAGUACAUCAAAUGACAUGCACGGCCACGACUGCAAACAUGUUGGUAAGAUAACUGAGAAUAGCAAAAAGAAAUUGAACUCUUCUGCAGCAUCUACUGUUUUUCAUUGGAACAGUCUAAUAACUAUGCAUUUCUUGGAAUUAUUGAGGGAAUAUCAGCAUAGCAACAAAAACUCUAACUUCAGAAAGGGAAAUAUAUGGGAAAAUAUGAGUCUUCUAAUGAAGAGAAGAGGACAUACUAUAGAACCGAAGGAGUUGGAAAAGAAAUUCCACGUCCUUACUUCAGCUUUUGAGAAAACUAUGAAAUAUAACAAGACUCACAAGGACAAGAAAAAAUGUGCCUUUUUUAAAAGAUUAACUGAACUUUAUUCACACCCUUCAUCAUUCAAAUGUUUUAAAUCAUCAGGACCUUACAAAAUGACUGUAGAAGUGUCACCAUUUUCAUAUGCCACCAAGCGUGAACCCAGCACUGUCACAUCUAGAUCAUCCUCAUCUAAUUCAAACAACCAGCGAAAAGUUACUGACACUAAACAGGCACCCCCACAAAAUGGCACUUCCGAAAUACUUCAAUGGCUUCAAAAUACGUGGAACGAAUGGAAAGAAAUAGAGAAGAAACGGGAAGAAGUCAUGGCAAAGCGACAUAAUGAUUUGAUGGAAAUGUUAUCUUAUUUAAUUGACAGUAAUGGAGACAAUGCACAUUAGCAUUAAAAUAGUUUCUUCCCUUUUUUUUUACAUCAUUUUGUCCAUGUUUGUAUAUUUGUGUGUGUGAUGUGUGCAUCUAUAGAUGUCAUUCUGUUCAAGUGUUAUGAGAUUUUUACUUUGUUUCUCAUAAUAUCAUUUUUUUAAGGUUUUCUAGGAAUUAUGGACAAGCACAUUUUAUUAACUAUAUAUUUUUAUAAAUAAUGACUCAAUUAUUUUUUUCUUCCUUUUCUAAUCACAACUUCCUUUUCUUCCAAGAUCGAGCAAUGUUUCUACAAUAAAUGUAUUUUGUAAAUCAAAUCAAAACUUGUCUUUGACUUCAGUAAAUUUGACUUUAUGUUCGGUUUCUGAUAUUUGCAAAAGAUUUCAUUAAUAAUAAAUUUACUGAAAAGCUUAGUUGUAGUUAUUGCAGUAGGGAACCGAUUAUCCGGAAUGAUUGGGACCAUCGCUAUUCCGGAUAACUGAUUUUUCCGGUUUUCUGAAAAUCUACGAAAAGCCGUUCUUUUUAUUGUUAAACCCAACUAAAAAAAAAAAAAUUUGGAAAUAAUCUUAAAAAGAAGAAAAAACGAUGAAGUAAUACACUAAUGAUUAUUUCCAAAAUGAUGGUAAGGUAAAUAUCUUUCAAAAGAGAAAGAAAAAUCCUAAAAUCUUAUGAGGAAGAAAA